CCUUGAUAAAUCUGAUUAAUAAAUAAAGAAGACAACAAUCAGGGAAGAGAGCAAGUUAUGUUUAUUAUUUUUUUGUAAAUAUGUUUUGAUUAUUAUUUUCUCUUCAUUUUGAUUUAUUCUUGGUGUUCUAGUAAAAGAAACAUGUAUACAUAUACUUAAGCUUUAAAGAACUGUUAAGCAUGUGUGUAUGUACUUGCAUUGGUGCAGGAAAUUAAUGUAAAAUGAGGGAGGAACAAAAAAAAAAAGGAGAGAGAGAGAGCGGAGAAAAAAAAGAGAGACUCUCGUGGGGUCGGAAGUGAGGAGCGCAGGAGUGGACGAGCAAAAGCGGAGUUUUGUUUUAAUCCCGACGAAAAAGGAGUGUUCAAAAAGAAACGUGUGCGAAGGAUUGUGAUGUGGUCUAUUUUCCCCGCCAAGAGCGGAGAGUGAAGUGACUCGUGAAUUAGUUUCAUCACGUCGACUGGAAGGACACAAGUUUCCGUGCGCCUGGCCGACUCGGGGAAAAAAAAGAGAAAGCUUUUCUGGAUUCGGUUGUUCGAGCGAAUGUGUGGGGAUUAACCUUCAUCACGUUUCGCCCACCGUGAACAUAUCAACAAAGGAUAUGUGAGUACAGUGCCACCGAGAUCUGUUGACAAAACUGAAUCGUUCAAAGGAAAAGGGCAACAACGGUUUCGCGCAUUCUUUGCGUCCUUUCAAAGACUGAGUUUGGAUUUUCAGUACCUGUAUUUGCAUGAUGAAUAAUCAGUGGUGUGUUUAAACGGACACUGGUUUGAGAAUUAACGUUUGUAACGAGUGUAUUGAUUAACGUUGAUUCAGUUCAAAUGUAAUGAAUCGUCAAGUGUGGCGAGUCAAAUGAGUCAGUUCAAGAGUCACUGAAUGUUUUGAAGGUUUAUUUGUGAGUUUGACUAAGUACCACUGUCGGGGUUAAGAGUUACUUAUUAGAAUUUCUAUUUUCAAAGAUAGCAUAUUAGUUUGGAUUAAGAGAGAGAGAGAUUCACAAUUUAUUUGUUAGUUUUAUUUAUAUAUGGGGAUGCUUUGAGAAGUGUCAUGUGAAUCUUUAAACACUCUAAUUUUCUGUUGGGUAAAUUUGUGGGUUAGUACUUAUAAUUCUGUCACUUUAUUAGUUUGGUUUCAUAUUUAUAUACUUUGUAUUUACACACUCAAUUGAGCUUAAUUUUGUUUAUUUAUCUAUUCAUUUUAUUUAUAUUUUUAUUUUUUUUUUAUAAACCUGAAGGUUAGAUAGCACUUUUAUUGUCAGGGUUCUUUAUACUUCUCAAUUUGGGAAGUAUAGGUUUCUACAAUUGGAGGCACCGCGCUAAAUAAAAGCUCAUUGUUGUACAUCCUGGUAUAUUUUUUUUUGGGAAAAGACCAGUUAUUACAUAUUACUACCGCUGGGAUACCAGGGCUCCUAUAUAGUUUUGUUUGUACCCAGCUAGGGAGGGCUAAAAUUGGAGGCACCGCUGGGAUACUCUUUUCCCCUGUGUUUAAAUUUUUUGUUAGUUAGAUGGAACAUGGACCUUUUGCAGGUUGUGGAGUUGUGGAGUCAACAGAUAAAUCUCGAUCCUGGUAAAUAUUUUAUUUUGACCAAAGUGCCAAUUGAUGUGAGCGAGGAUAUAAUUUCAGAAGUGUUAAACACAGUAAAAGUGUUUGGAUGUGCUAAAAUACGGGGCCGUCGUGGGGACAACACUGGUUCGCAGAUGUUUGUGUUAGUGGAGACCAGUUUGGAGAUUGACACUGACACUGUUCCACCUGAAGUGGGUAUUCCUGGUGAGGUGGGACCAUGGGGAGUACAUGUCCCAUCCGUGGAAGUUGUUCCCGAGGGGGUUGUACCAGAUGGGGAUUUUCAAGAGAAAUUAAUUAGUUGGCUGAGUCAGGAGGGUAAGUCUUUAGAAGACGUGAAGCCGAUUCUCAGUACUGACAAGAUGUCUAAUGUAGGUGGAGACUUGGUACAGGCUCUUGAUCGGCUGGUAGAAAGGUGUAACCAGGCACCUGUUGAGUCUCUGAGUUAUCGCAAAUUGCGGGUGUUUUCUGGCCAACAACCUAUUCCCCCUGGGGAGGAGGAUUAUGACUCCUGGAUGGAACAGGCCACCCAAAUGGUUAGUGAGUGGCAGUGUACAGAGUCUAGCAAAAAACAACGAAUUGUGGAAAGCUUGAGGGGGUCAGCAGCUGACAUCAUUCGAUUUGUGAAAAUGGGUAGUUCAGAUGUCACUGCCAUGGACUAUUUAAAGGCUUUAGACACAGCUUAUGGCAGUACAGAAAGUGAGACUGACCUAACUGUGAAGUUCAGUUGUACGUACCAAGAGCCAGGCGAGAAGCUCUCAAGUUAUUUGUAUCGGCUGGAUAAGAUCCUCCAUCGACUCUUUUUGAAAGGGGGUAUUAGAUUAGAAGAUCUGAAUCGAAAACGGAUGGAACAGGUUGUUAAAGGUGCACUCACCUCUGAUCCAGUAGCUCUGAGACUCAGAAUGAUGUCUAGUUUACGUGAUCCACCUGGGUUUUCGCAGCUACUACGUGAGGUUAGAGAGGAGGAAAAUUGGAUCAGUGCCCGGAGCAGUGCUAAUCCUGUAGUAAGUUCAAAACCUGCUGUAGUUGUGCCUAGGGGGGCUGCCUCGGAGGAAAUAGAGUGCUUGAAAAGAGACGUGAAGGAAUUAACCACACAAGUAGGGAAGUUGUUGAAAACUGUAACGUCUUCUCCUACAGUGGAUGAAACUUCACAGGUCCAUUGUAUGGGCCCCGCAAAGGCUUCUGGUUUUUCUGCCUUGGCCGCAAACAAGGGGUCCAAUACUGUUUCUAGAGUUGGGAUUUUCUGUUAUAAGUGUGGCGAAGAUGGUCAUACUAGAAGGGAAUGUCAAGGGGUAGAGGAUCUGCGCAAGGUAAACCAGAAACUGAUUAGACAGAGUAGGCAGUCGGGAAACUACGGUGGAACUCUGUGAAGGAACGGCCCAGAGUUCCAAUUUCAAAUCGUUCCGAUUGUUUUUCUUUUAUGAGUACAGAUGAUUUUGGACUUCCAGUCGGGCUGAUAGGACCCUCUUUAGAUGUUCCUGUACAAAUUGAAGGGAUUUAUGCUCGGGCCCUGUUGGACAGUGGUUCACAGGUGACCAUCUUGUAUCGUAGUUUUUAUCAAACUUAUUUGAAGCACUUACCAGUUCAACCAGUUAAAGAUUUGGAAAUCUGGGGUUUAAGCUUGCAGAAGUAUCCAUAUGAUGGAUAUUUGCCUCUUCGUCUGGAGUUCACAGCUGCUGUAGCUGGAGUGCCUCAGGUGGUUGAUACUCUUGCACUUGUCUGUCCAGAUCCUCAACCUGCACAGAAGGUAGCCCU